UAAAAAAAAAAUUAAAUAUCAUUUAUAUUUAAAAGGGUAUCACAAUGAGAGUUCCCUCUUCAACACUUUUAUCAAUAUGUAUAAUAUUAACAAUCUUAUCAACCUUUACAAACUCACAGGAAUUUAGAUCCUACACUGGUGAAAACAAUAACAAAGAAAAGCCAAUGCAAGGCUCAAUAUAUACACCAUUUAUCAGACUUGCAAAGCCAUCCAAAUUUAACGCAAAUGGACACCCAAAUAUUACCAAUUUACCAUCUAGAGCAGUUAGCAAUUUUAUUUUUGACCAACAACAACGUAUUGGUUCAAAAGAACAUUUAACAGAUUUCUUUAAUAUGUUUGGUCAAUUUUUAAUCCAUAAUAUGGCACUUAGUAAACCAGAGACUAAUUUAUGGCCAAUAGUAGUUCCAAAAUGUGAUCAAUAUUUUGAUCCAAGUUGUACCGGAAAUAAAACAAUGAAUUAUUUUAGAACUAGAUUAACACAAGUACAGUGUGAUGAUGGAAUUACUGAAACCGAUGAAGAUGGUAAAUGCUAUGAACAAAUCAAUAGUUUGGGUGCAUAUAUUGAUGCAAAUGUUCUUUAUGGUAACUCUGAAGAAAUUUGCAAAAACUUAAGAAGUCUUUCGGGUGGUGAAAUGAAAAAUGUACCAGGUGUUCCAAUGGAUAAUGAUGCUAACUUAUUCCCAAUUGAUCAAUUAUAUAGUGUCGGUGAGCGUAGAGGUAAUGAAAAUCCAGGUCUUCUUGUAAUCCAUACUCUUUUCUUACGUGAACAUAAUAGAUUAGCAAGAAAAUUUGCAAAAGCUCACUCUGAUUGGGAUGAUGAAAAAAUUUUCCAACACUCACGUUCUUGUAUUAUCGAACAAGUCCAAAAGAUUACCUAUGAAGAAUACCUCCCAGUUAUUUUAGGAUCUGUACCACACUAUACCGGCUACAAUCCAAAAGUUAAUGCCCAAGUUUCAAAUGAAUUUACAUCAACAGCUUUUAGAUUUGGUCAUAGUGAAGUUGGUCCAAGUUUAGAAUAUUAUAGCGAAAAUGGUACUCGUUUACAACCAUUACCAAUUAAAUUUUCAUAUUUCAAUCCACAUGCUCUUAAUCAAGGUAUUGAACCAAUUGUUCGUGGCUUUUAUCUUAAUGAAGAGGAAAACAUUGAUAUCUAUAUGAUUAGCGAUCUUAGAAAUUUCCUGUUUGGUAAACCAGGCCAAGGUGGUUUAGACUUGGCCAGUAGAAAUCUCCAAAGAAAUCGUGACCAUGGUAUCCCAUCAUACAACUCAUUAAGAAAACAAAUUGGACUUAGACCAGUUAGCACUUGGGCUGAUAUCUCUACCGAUAAAGUUAUUCAAGAACGUUUAAAGAAGACCUAUAAAUCCAUUGAUGAUAUUGAUGCCUAUGUUGGUGGUCUUGCUGAAGAUCAUAUGGAAGGAUCUUGUGUUGGCCAAACUUUUUAUUUCAUUAUUCAAGAACAAUUCUUUAGAACAAGAGCAGGUGAUAGAUUCUGGUAUGAACUUCCUGAAAUCAAAUUAUUAAAUCGUGAAUGCGAAUCAACAACUUUUCUGAAAUGAUUAAAAAAAUUACAACAAAUAUAGGUGAUAUUCCUGCAAAUGUUUUUAAAAGAUAAUUAAACCAUAAAUUAUAAAUCAUAAAUUAUAAAUCAUAAAUCAUUUAUCAAAAAUCAUAAAUCAUAAACCAUAAAUCAUUUCAUGAGUCAUUAAUAAUAAAAUAAAUAUAAUAUAUAAUAAUAAAUAAUAUUAAAAUAAUAAUUGUAAAUUUAUUGUUAUAGUCAAAAAUAGUUAAUAUAAACUCCUCGAAUAUUCUUAAAUAAAAAAAAAUUAAAAUUUAAAUUAUUUU